UUUGACAGAUCAGUGAUUGCUGUCCUUGAGUGUCAUCGGAAUUUGGACAUGGAUCAUCAAAAUUCAUAUUAGUGAGCAUAUCCUGCAAGGACGCACUAUGCGAUUUGGUGUAACAUUCAGCAUCUUACGUGUGUUUGCCCACUCCGGCAAGAAUGGACCUCAAACCUGCAGGUGGCGAUGGCAGGGGAAAAGAAGAUUCCGAUCUUUACCAGAUGACAUCAAAUCCCCUCGGCAGGUGGUCAACCCUGACAUAUCAAAAAUCAGAAACAUUGGCAUCAUGGCCCACAUCGAUGCGGGGAAGACCACCACGACGGAGAGGAUGCUGUUUUAUUCCGGCUACACCAGAGCACUGGGGGAUGUGGAUGACGGGGACACGGUGACAGACUACAUGGCCCAGGAGAGGGAGAGGGGCAUCACCAUACAGUCAGCUGCCGUGACCUUCGACUGGAAGCAGCACAGGAUCAACCUCAUAGACACGCCAGGCCACGUGGACUUCACUCUGGAGGUGGAGCGAGCCCUGAGGGUGCUGGACGGGGCGGUGGCCGUCUUUGAUGCCUCCGCUGGGGUAGAGGCCCAGACAUUGACUGUAUGGCGCCAGGCAGAUAAGCAUGAAGUGCCUUGCGUGUGCUUUCUGAACAAGAUGGACAAGCCUGGAGCAAGCCUGGAGCUGUCCCUCCAGAGCAUCAAGGAAAAGCUGAAGGCCAACCCUGUGCUCCUGCAG